AUGGAAAAAUGGGAGGUGUCGAGCCCCGCGAGGGCGCGGGAAACCGGCUGCUUUAAAAGGGGGCGGGGCGCGCGGGAGUCCAGCUUUUCAGCUCCGCGGCUCCCUGGAGUGUUCGAGCUCUUGUCCGCUGACCCGAUUCCUGUCGCUUCGCUGUCCUCUCCCGCUUUGGCCAUGGUGCGGACGAAGGCCGACUGCAUGCCAGGCUCCUACCGCAAAGUGGUGGCGGCUCGAGCACCCCGGAAGGCGCUGGGUCACUCUAGCUUCGCCAACGCCUCUCCUUCGCCCACGUCCAGGAAAGUUGAAAGUAAGUAUGCUGGUGGAAACCCAGUAUGUGUACGGCCAACACCCACAUGGCAAAAAGGAAUUGGAGAAUUCUUUGGGAUGUCAUCUAAACAUUCAGAAAAAGAGAAUCAAAUUCCUGAUGAAGCAGAGGCAGGAAGUAGCGGCCUAGGAAAACCUAAAAGAAAAUCUCGUCCUUUGCAACCUGAUCCCACAGAGGAUGAUGGGUGUCCAGAUGAAGAAUAGAACAUUCUCAUGUUUCUUUGCUUUAGUUAUAAUGCUAGGCUGUACAUUUUUGUAAAUAUGUUUGUUUACAACGGUUACGGUUUAAUUUUGUUGUACAGAAAUUUAAUUAAAAAUACUUUAAAAAUAUAUGCUUAAAUUCAGUCAGUAGUAAGUAGUCCUGAAUGGGAAACUGUAAGAUUUAUUAUAUGCAUAUAUAAAUAAUUAGCAUAGCCAUCAAUAUUAAGCAGUAUUUUAUUCCUGUUCCUAAUAUGAUAAGCUCCUUGUCUAUCAGACAACCAUUUCAUGGUAUUAUAACUAACUAACUUGUGACAUUGGAGAUGGGCUUGAAUCUUUGUGCCACUGCCAUUUUAUUGGCAUCUUUUUUGAAAUAGUGCCAUAUUUUUGUCCUUCGUUUGCUUGAAAAGCAGUUAGACUUUGCACGUUUAAAAACUAUUUUCCCAGUAUUAACAAAACUGAAGGGAUAUACUUUUAAUGACUUAAUUUUCUUCAGAAAGAGAGGUCAAAUGCAAUUUUGGAUGCAUUUAGAGAGGUAUCCUCUAGUUAGGAAAAAUUUGUUUUUCUAUUUAUCUGUUUUUUAAUGGAUAGAAGCUCAUUUUUAUGGAUUAAGAUUCCUUUAAAGAUAAAAUAUCAAUUUAUAACAGCUCUUUUUCUAGUUACACAGAAUUGGAAAUUGAAGGGAUGCCCAUCAAUUGGGGAAUGGCUGAAUAAAUUGUGGUAUAUAAUUGUGAUGGAAUACUAUUAUAAGAA